GCUCUGACUGACUGGGCGGCCAUGACCCUUACAUGUAAACACGGAUGUUUAGAAGGCAUCUUUAUGGGCAGAGCACAAAUAUCCAUCAGAACUGUUGCAUGAGGCCCUGGAUUCCAUCCCUGGCACCACAAAGCCAGGUGGCCUGUGAGUUUGGUGUGCUGCGCGUGGUCUCCCAGAGUGGAGGUACUCGGGGCAAGGACUACUGCAUCCUCUACAACCCACAGUGGGCCCACCUGCCACAGGAUCUCAGCAAAGUGUCUCUCCUGAAGCUUCGAGACUUAAGCUCAACACAGCUCUGCUCCCACCUCGACCUUCCUGUGGAAGACCUCGCCAACCAGGUUGCGCUGGUGGCCCGGGGCAAUUGUACCUUCUACGAGAAAGUGCGGCUGGCCCAAGGCAGUGGGGCGCGGGCGCUGCUGGUAGUCAGCAAGGAGAAGCUGGUCCCUCCGGGCGGCAACAAAACACAAUAUGAGGAGAUAAGCAUCCCUGUGGCCCUGCUGAGUCACAGGGACCUGCAAGAUAUCUUCAGGCGCUUCGGCCAUGCGGUGAUGGUGGCUCUGUAUGCACCCAGCGAACCAGUGAUGGACUACAACAUGGUCAUCAUCUUCGUCAUGGCCGUGGGCACCGUCGCCCUCGGUGGCUACUGGGCCGGCAGCCGUGACGUAAAGAAAAGGUACAUGAAGCAUAAGCGGGAUGACGGGCCUGAGAAGCAUGAGGAUGAGGCGGUGGACGUGACGCCAGUCAUGAUCUGCGUGUUUGUUGUCAUGUGCUGCUUCAUGCUGGUGCUGCUCUACUACUUCUACGACCGCCUGGUCUACGUGAUCAUCGGCAUCUUCUGCCUGGCCUCCUCCACCGGUCUCUACAGCUGUCUGGCGCCCUGCGUCCGCAAGCUGCCCUUUUGCACGUGCAGGGUCCCCGACAACAACCUGCCGUACUUCCACAAGCGCCCACAGGCCCGCAUGCUGCUGCUAGCUCUCUUCUGCGUCACUGUCACCGUAGUGUGGGGUGUCUUCCGCAAUGAGGACCAGUGGGCCUGGGUCCUGCAGGACAUCCUGGGCAUUGCCUUCUGCCUGUACAUGCUGAGGACCAUCCGCCUGCCCACCUUCAAGGCCUGCACACUGUUACUGUCGGUGCUGUUCAUCUAUGACGUCUUUUUCGUCUUCAUCACCCCCUUCCUGACCAAGAGUGGGAACAGCAUCAUGGUGGAGGUGGCCACCGGGCCCUCGAACUCGUCCACCCACGAGAAGCUGCCCAUGGUGCUGAAGGUACCCAGGCUGAACACGUCACCCCUCUCCCUGUGUGACCGGCCCUUCUCCCUCCUGGGCUUUGGAGACAUCUUGGUGCCAGGGCUGCUGGUGGCUUACUGCCACAGGUUUGACAUCCAGGUGCAGUCUUCCAGGAUCUACUUUGUGGCCUGUACCAUUGCCUACGGCCUGGGCCUCCUGGUGACAUUCGUGGCACUUGUCCUCAUGCAGCGUGGCCAGCCUGCGCUGCUCUACCUGGUCCCCUGCACACUGAUGGCCAGCUGCACCGUGGCUCUGUGGCGCCGGGAGCUGGGAGCCUUCUGGACGGGCAGCGGCUUUGUGAAGAAUGUACCUCAGUCCUCAUGGGCCCCAGCUGAGGGACCUGCACCUCCGAGGGACUCAGAUGCCCCCCUCUCCCAGCACCCUCCAGGUGAAGAGCCAGCCAAGAGACCCCUGCCCACUGACGAGGCAGGAGCCGCAGACCCUGCUGAGGACGGCAACAGCCCCAUGGCCAACACAUCCAGUCCCACAAAUGGGGACCAGGCUCAGCCCAGCCCUGCGGCACAGCCAGGGACAUCGGCCUAGGGAGACACAAGAGCUAGGCCCUCACAGCCUUCCAUGCCACACAGAUACCUGAGACUCUCAGGGGACAGGGACAGCUGCCAUCCCCCCGGGCAGCAGACCUGUGCGGUGCCCUCCCUAACAUGGUGCUCAGCCCGCAAAGGCCUCGCGCUUGUCCCCCUCCCCCACCACAGCUGAGGCCAGCGCCCAGCUCCACUCCUCACCAGGCUGCGCUUCCCCUGCUGCCGGCCCUCUGCAAGCCUGCCGCCUCUGGUGCUUCGCCGACACCCAACACCCGCCCUGCCGUCCCAGCCGGCCGCGCCUUCUCCACAGGACAGGGCUCUGUGGGGCCCGAACACCACCCGUUAUGCGAGUUCCUAGGUUGGGAGCAGCCAUGAGAGGCCUAGAUGUGGGUGCCCUGCCCAAGGGUCGACAUGAGGGGUCCAUACCCCAUCAGGAGUGUCCACGCCUCGGUGGAGCCCAGAGUGCUGGUCACUGUUCCAAGUCAGCGAGUGGCCCUCGCUCCGUGCACAGCACACGCAGGUCCGUGUCCAGCGGGUAUUCCUCCGCUCAGAUGUGCAAGUCUUCCAUGCCAUGGCCACUGCCCACUGCCCCACAGUGGUCUGGACCUGGCAUCUGUCCUCUACCUCACCAGCCAGGCUCUGGACUCCAUGCCCGAUCUGCCUGCAGGGAGCCCACCACACAUGCUGCAUGGCACGGCGGCACAGGCCAGUCCUCACACUCGUGAUGGCGCCUGGGACCCGUGUCCACUCCCACUUGCGUGGAAAAAGGUCACAGGCAGUGGCAGCCGGGCAGUCGUCCUAGAGCUUUGGGGAG